AACAGUCCAAUACUUUUGACUUCUUGACUAAAGUUUCUUGAGUAAAGUUAAAGCAUCCUCCAUAUGUAUCCAUCCCCCAUCUUCACCUCUCCGACCACCGCACCAACCAUGGACUCCCCACCCAAACCACCACCAUUCUUCUGGGGCGAAACACCCGAACCCGAAUACUACACAUCCCAAAACGUCCGCAACUCCAAAUCCUACUUCCAAACCCCCAACGGCAACAUCUUCACUCAAUCAUGGCUUCCCUUAGACCCAAACCAACCCAUCAAAGCCACCGUCUUCAUGACCCACGGCUACACCAACGACACCAGCUGGGUGUUCCAGAAGAUCUGUAUCGAGUACGCCAAGUGGGGGUACGCUGUUUUUGCUGCUGAUCUUAUUGGUCAUGGUCGAUCAGAUGGGUUACAUGGGUAUAUUGGGGAUAUGGAUAAAGCGGCUGCUACUUCACUAUCGUACUUUGUUAGUGUUCGCCGGAGUGAAGAGUAUAGGAAUAUGCCGGCGUUUCUGUUUGGGGAAUCUAUGGGUGGAUUGAUUACUAUGCUUAUGUAUUUCCAAUCGGAUGCUGACAUGUGGUCUGGGUUGAUAUUUUCUGCUCCACUUCUUGUUAUACCUGAACCCAUGGUUCCCUCUAAGUUACAUUUGACGAUGUACGGCCUACUGUUUGGACUUGCGGAUACAUGGGCGGUGAUGCCGCCGCCUCGGAUGGCACCGCCACCAGGGAUGGAUAUGAAGAAGCCGGGCUUAAAAGCGAUGAACCCAAAACGAUAUGCGGGGAAGCCAAGGGUGGGGACAAUGAGGGAGAUUGCGAGGGCGACAAACUACGUGCAAAACAACUUUGAGAAGGUUAAGGUGCCGUUUUUAGUGGCACACGGAACAGCUGACCCGAUGGCAUGUAAAAGUGGGUCGGGGAUGUUGUACGAGAAGGCUGCGACAACGAAGGAGGACAAGGAGUUGAAAUUGUAUGAAGGAAUGGGACACUCGUUGAUCGGUGGGGAACCUGAUGAGGCUUCGGAUCGUGUGUUGGCGGAUAUGAAAGCUUGGAUCGACGACAAGGUUGAGAAAUGUGGUUCUAAAUGUACGGUAUAAGAUGUUGAUGUGUUGGUUACUAGUAACGUUGUAUCGUGAUAGAUUUGUCUUUUGUUUUUGUGCAUGUGUGUAGUCAAGUAAUGUUGUUCAAAGUGUACUAAAAUGAUUUACAUCUGUUGUAGCUUCAAUGUUGCAAUAUACAACAUAACAUUAGAAGGGGCCAGAGGCCGUAGCCUCCUCGAAACAACCCUUCAAUGCAAAAA